AGGAAGAGAAGAGGGAGGAGGAGUUUGGCUUGUCUGGCUUUCCUGCUAGAGCUGAGAAAGAUGCAGCUCUCUCUGGGAAACAUGAUCCCUUCUCUUUGGGAAGGAGCCUCCCUACAGAACCUCCUUCUGCUCUCUGCCAUCGUCCUGAUCCUGGCACAUUAUCUGCAGAGCAGGAGGAAACAUCUAAACUACCCCCCUGGCCCUCCGGGGCUGCCCAUAUUGGGCAACUUCCUCCAGAUGGACUUCAAAUCCCCUCAAAUCACCAUCCAAGAGCUUUGUAAGAAAUAUGGAAAUAUUUUCUGCAUAUAUUUGGGCAAUCUUUCUUUUAUGAUGGUUUCUGGAUUGCCACUGAUCAAGGAGGUUUUGCUUAACCAAGCCCAGGUGUUUAUAGAUCGACCUCAAGUUCCUGUCCACUCACAUGUAUUUAAGUCACUUGGCUUAAUAGUUUCUAAUGGUCAAGCAUGGAAACAACAAAGAAGAUUUGCCUUAAUGACCCUAAGGAACUUUGGUUUGGGAAAGAAGACUCUGGAAGAUCGGAUACGGGAGGAGGCCAGAUAUCUCAUUGAGGCUAUCAGGGAAGAAAAAGGACAGCCCUUUGACCCACACUAUGAGAUCAACAAUGCUGUUUCCAAUAUCAUCUGCUCCAUAACUUUUGGGCAUCGUUUUGAGUAUCAUGAUUCUCAGUUUCGGGAGCUGCUGAAGACUUUGGAGGAUAUUAUGAUGCUUGAAACCAAGUGGGAAUGUCAGUUCUUCAAUCUGUUUCCUUGGAUAAUGAAACAUCUACCAGGAACUCACCAGAAGCUGUUUAGAAAAUGGAAGAAAGUAGAAUCUUUUGUAGAAUGUGUAAUUAAACAACACAAAGAAGACCUGAACCCAGAGGAGCCUCAGGAUUUCAUUGAUGCUUACCUGAAGGAGCUGUCUAAGGAUAACAUCCAUUCUAGUUUUAAUGAAAAAAAUUUAGUCUUCUGCACCCUGGAUCUCUUCAUUGCUGGAACAGAGACAACUUCAACCACUCUGCGGUGGGCAAUGCUGUUUAUGGCCCUUUAUCCAGAGAUCCAAGGUAAAAUACAAACUGAGAUAGACGGGGUGAUUGGCCAAUCUCGGCAGCCCACUAUGGCUGACAAAGAGAAUAUGCCCUACACGAAUGCAGCUGUUCAUGAAGUUCAGAGAAUGGGUAAUAUUCUUCCUUUCAAUGUGCCCAGGAUGGCUGUGGUUGAUACCACAGUGGCAGGAUACCAUGUGCCAAAGGGAACCAUAGUGAUGACCAACUUGACUGCCUUGCACAGGGACCCCAAGGAGUGGGCUACCCCAGAAACUUUCAACCCGGAACAUUUUCUGGAGAAUGGUCAAUUUCAGAAAAGAGAGUCCUUUCUGCCUUUCUCAAUGGGAAAGAGGGUGUGCCUGGGAGAACAGCUGGCUCGGGCUGAGCUCUUCCUCUUCUUCACCAGCCUGCUCCAGAAGUUCACGUUCCAGCCUCCUCCAAACACCCAGCUGAGCCUGGACUUCCAAUACAGCACCACCAUGUCUCCUCUCCCCUACCAAAUCCGUGCCAUUCCUCGAGAGAUGUAGACCAAGUCAGGCCUGAGGCAUGAAGUCCGAGGGCCCAGGAAAUAAUCUGGAACCUCCUCAUUCUUCCUUUCCUUUGGAAUUUGAGUGAGAAAAGGGAGAGAAGUCAAGGAGGGAAAAAAGAGGAGAGAGACCAAGGAAGGGUAUCUUUGGCCCAAUGUGAACAUUCCCACUCUGAAAAAGAAGCAUGAAUACUAGCAAAAGGAAAGCAGAGUCCUUACUGGCUUUGAUCACAGCCCUGUCAUCUACUAGCUAGUUGAUUGGAGUCAAAUCCCUUGAAUCUGUCUCCUUUUUCAAAUAUAAACUGAGGAGGAAAUCUCUAAAGCUCCCCACCCAGAUCCUAAAUUUACAACACUGUGAUGCUCUCCAGGGGUCCUCAAACUUUUUAAACAGGGGGCCAGUUCACUGUCUCUCAGACUAUUGGAGGGUCAGACUAUAGUAAAAAGCAAAAACUUUGUUUUGUGGGCCUUUAAAUAAAGAAACUUCAUAGCCCUGGGUGAGGGGAUAAUUGUCCUUAGCUACUGCAUCUGGCCCGUGGCCGUAGUUUGAGGACUCCUGCGAGAACCAAUGCUAUUCUUUCUUUGACUCAAGCUGUAGAGCCAAACUUUGGUUAAUUAUUCCUCUCUCUCUUUUGCUUAUAACUCAUACAAUGGAUCUGGUUUUAGGAAAGGGAGCAGAAAGUUUAAAUCCUUAUGGAGUGUGAACUUGUAGGAAAAUAUUGUUUUCUUUAUAUCUUUGGAUUUACAGCAUCCAGUUCAGUGCCUAGCACAGAAAAGGAGCCCGAUAAAUAGUAACAAUUGUUUCAUCUCUAAAAAAAUUAAAUUAAAUUAAAAAAAAACAACUUAUUUUCACCCAUUAUUAGUCCAUUCAUUGAUGAACUGGGUUUCUCAUUCCUAUUAAAAGCCAUGUUAUUGAUGAUACAUCAUAAGCACUCCACUAUUAAUUAUACUUAUAUGAAGCUAAGAAUGCCCCCACCUUUGUUUUGCUUAUCUGUUAAAGUUCUUUUUAGGUUUCUUUGUUCUUGUCAGAGAUGUUUACACAAAACAGAUUUCCAUGCUAAAGAUGAAAAUAGCCCAGUCAAGCACAAAAUGUAAAUACCCAUGUGAAUCAGUAUGAUGAAUUUUUCUCAUUCAAAGUUUUUUAUUAUUUUUUCUAAUGUUCUUCCAUUAUACUCCUAAAAUUGCUUGCUGGGUCCAUAAUGAGGUCCUUGUACCAAAGGAAGUCACCAUGGAUCCAUUUUGUUGGCAAAUCGCUAGCCACUGCCAAUAAACUGAUUGUACUUGGAA